UUUAAUGGGUAUUAAAGGGCUACUGCAAUGAAAAUAUCGACCCAGAUUUUAUUUGAUUUUCUGAAAAUUCAGUAUUUUCUGAGUGCAAUGGUAUCUUUCUCGUCGACCUUUUCAUUUUUCUUAUGGAUUUUAUUGCCUUUUGAAAGUGGGCAGGUCGUGCGAAAAAAACGCGCCAUGUGUGACGUCACAAUUAUGAUCACCUCGAUUAACUUCAUAUACAAACCACUGAUAAAUUCUGACCGGUCUGGUGGAUAAGGUGCUGAUUUUUUCGUAUAUAAAGUAUUUCCACCAAAAAGAUGUCAGAAAGUAAUACUAGUGACCAUGAAAGUAUUUCGACAGCGGGUAUUUCUUCGGAAACCUCGGAUGAAGAGAAUUACGGGGUUGUUCUUCUGGGAGCUGCUGCUCCUUAUCAAGACGAGCCGUUGGCUAGGCCAGGGGGAGGACAACAAGACAACAGGGAUGACAAAGAUGGUCUUUCUCGUGAAACGUUGGCAGCUCGUUACGAAGGCCGUCAUUUUGUUGAAGAAUGGUGCCGUUGUGGAGAAUGUCAUAUCGACUUAUUAACUGGUUCGUUGGAGUACCGAUGUUGCCGGGAAGUCCAAGAGGCGAUCGAGAAACUGGUGGGCGUUGCAGAAGACACCCGAUGUAUCACAGCGUUUGAGGGUUACAAGUCAAUGACAUGUAAUGUGGUUCUGACAAAUGUGAGCCCGUUACUCAAGGGGAGAGACGGGAAGAAAUACAAGAAAAGAGCCGAUCAGAGCGAGAAUGGGUUCAUGAGGGCUGUUGGCUACAGAUGGGUUGCAAGAUACCUGUUUGGUUACCUAGGAUGGAGCAACACUCGCCCAUUGCCUGCAUGCAUUUACAAUGAUUUAAGAUCGCGAUAUCCAACAAAUCAAUCCAAAGGUUACAUGUCAUCUCUGGAACGGGUUUGAAUAUAAUAUUGAAAAAAGUCAGCUGUUAUUCUUUGAAAAAUUUUAACUUGGUAAAGGAAGUUUAAGGUUUCUUUUCCACAAAAGGGAACUAAUAAUUAGAACAUCUAUUUGAAAGGUAGAAAUGAUAUGGUUUUCUUAAACUUUUUUCACUAUGUUCAAAUCUGAGUGUAUAAGCAUACCAAAAUCAAACAAGCAAACAGGUUAUCAAGAUAAAGCAGGUGAAGGACAUUUUCCUCGUGGAUGACCCUUCAUGGGUUGAUGACAUUUGCGACAAGUGCGUGUGCAGUGUUCCUUUUUGCUAUUCAUCUGUUGCUGCUCAUCCUCUUUAAGUUUGUAUUGCUGGUUUGCUGUAAACAUAUUGUUAAAAUUAUUGCAUCCAUGUUUUCUAGGCUACUAUGCAAGGUUCUAUGUUUAUUACCCCUAUAAAGAGUUAUGCUCCAAAUGUCACAAUAAUAUUUAACUUUCAAAUGUACAAAGUUGUUGUUUAAUUAUAUAUAUUUUUUGUUAUUAUUCAUGGACAUGCAACACGCUAAACUAUAUUUACUGUAUGUUUAUUGCAUGUUAUCUAUUUAAUUCCUAUAAAAAUGAACACUGGUAUCAAUACAAUCAGGUUUGGUAAAAACAAUUUCUAUACCAUCUGGGAAAAGUGUCGUUGCUGUCUGUUUUCUUUGAAGGUGGUGUCCGAUAGCUUCUGCCUUUGAUUUUUUCCUUUCAAAUUGCCUGUCUAACGGUUCAGGCUCAUGUUCUUUGCUUAGGUCAAAGAUGUAUUUCAUUUCUUUCAAUGUGCUGGAGAGCAUUGUAUUCUUGAUAUCACACACAUAUCCUGUCAUGUAAAGGAGUAUAUAUGUAUGAUAUUAUAUUACAGAAUACAUACAGUUUGAGACAAUUAGACAUUCAACAAUUAGAAAUACAAUGAUCACAAUUUCCCAAUGUUCUGCUUACUAUAUGUUGGUGGAACAGCUACUUCUUUAACUACUUCUUCUCCAAGCUUGAAUUUUGGGUACACAACAUUGUAUUGAAGUGAACCAUCUUGCAAUUGGUUUUGCUGUCUCAAAACAUUCUCAUUGAAAUGACAAAUGGCAAGAAUAUGCCUGAAAUGACAAAUGACAAGCUAUCAAAUUAGAUAUUUCACUGAUAUUCAAAGAAUUAUAUGACUCAAAAGUAAAUACAUAUGAAGGAAUAGAAGAAUACACAGAAGAACAAUUUUUCCAAAUAUGUUCAAAUAUCCAGCUCUGUUUUUAGGUAGAUUAUUCAAGUGACAUUCUUGUGAUUUUUUCCUUGAAUGACAAUGAAAAUGAAAAAAUUGAUAGGGACUUUGAAAUUUAUGAGGAAUAGUUGACAUAUUUCAUUUAUACCUGCACU